UUUGCCUGCUUGCUUUUACUCUUGCUGGCAAGUGCAGCUAUCCUGUGACUGACGCAUUCUUCUCUGGCAUCGGAAGCAUGCUCUUGGGGCUUCCAACAUAGAUCGAAGACCAGCAGGAACGCUCCUGGCCUUCUGAGCCAAGUUGGACAGCUGAGACAUCCAACUUUACAGACUAGGCGACUAACCACAGGCUUCAACUGUUGGAUCACCAGGACCAUAUCACUGAACAGCAAAAGCGAACAGAACCGGCAGGGAAGCCAGCUUGACACUCCGACUCCACAGUCUCCUGCAUGGAAUGAAGGCCACGGAUAGAAAAUGAGAGCAAAGCCUCUAAGAACAGCUCUUUCUUUGCUCUUCUUUGCACUCUCUGGGGUCCUGGGGGCACCAGAAAUCUCAUGCAGAAAUGAAGAUGGUGAAGCUGUGGACUGGUUUAUCUUUUACAAGUUACCCAAAAGGACUAGCGAGGCAAGUGAAGAGACGGGGCUACAGUACCUGUACCUGGACUCCACAAGGCAAACCUGGAACAAGAGCCACAACCUGAUUAACAGCAGCACCAGUGCUCUGGGGAGGACCUUACAGCAGCUGUAUGCAGCACAUGAUUCCAAGAAUGACACAGCCUAUCUAAUAUACAACGAUGGUGUCCCUGGAUCUGUGAAUUACAACAGACAGUAUGGACAUACCAAAGGUCUGCUGGUAUGGACCAGAAUGCAGGGGUUCUGGCUCAUACACUCUGUUCCCAAGUUUCCCCCAGUCCCAGAACGUGGCUAUGACUACCCAACCUCGGGGAGGCGAUAUGGACAAACCGGCAUCUGCAUCACUUUCAGAUACAGCCAGUUUGAGGCAAUAGACUCUCAGGUCUUCAUCGUCAAACCAAACAUCUACAGCUGUUUCAUCCCAAGCACCUUUCACUGGGAACUUAUCCACAUGCCCCAGAUGUGUGCCAACUUCAGUUCCUCAAAGAUCCCUGCCCAGCACCUCACCGUACUUCAGUCAGCCCGCGGUCUAAACUUCGUACAUUUUGCAAAAUCGAGUUUUUAUACUGAUGAUAUCAUUACAGCCUGGAUAGCUCAAAGGUUGAAGACUCAUUUGCUAGCACAAACCUGGCAGAAAAAGAACCAGGAGCUCCCUUCAAACUGUUCCCUGCCUUACCAUGUCUACAACAUCAAGGCCAUUGGGGAAACUCAGUCUUACUUCAGUUCUCGCCAAGACCAUUCCAAAUGGUGUGUUUCCAUAAAGGGUUCCGCAAAUCGCUGGACCUGCAUUGGAGACCUAAAUCGAAGCCCACACCAAGCCUUGAGAGGGGGAGGAUUCAUCUGUACAAAGAAUCGGUACAUUUACCAGGCAUUUCAUAAAUUAGUUCUCCAUUAUGGGCGCUGUAAGUAAUCCUGGUGAAAGGCCACACCCAGUGUCCUUGAAAACACUGGCGCUGGAACAUCUCGCCUUGGAUCUGCUCUCCAUCUCGCCUUGGAUCUGCACAACAUAGCAUCCAAUAAAGCACUGUGGGCCCACAUUUACCUUCCUAUGUUCAAAUCAGGAGAAAUAGGACUCAUCUGUAUUUAUUGAAUUAGAAAUCCAAAUCAUGAUAUGUAAGUAAUAACAUGGGGAGAACAGAAUAAAAUGCUUCCAGUUUAAUUACCUUCAGUGGUCUAUCUUGUGGAUUAAAUUUCAUCUCUCACAAAGCACCCCUGACUGUCCUGUUUGAAGAAAAUAAAGAUGCUCCCUCCCUCCCCCCCUCCUCUUUCAUACUAUUUGGCCACCUGGGAAUAUUCCCCAUGAAGCCCCUCCCCCGCUGGUUUAUAUAGUCUUGUCACAUUUUCAGGUGCUCUUUACUGCUAAUGUAUUCUUGAGCUGCUCACUUGAGUUCUCUUGCAUUUUUUUUCAGUUUUAAUCUACAACAGGGAGAUCAUAUCUAAGCAUGAUAUGAGUCAAGAAAUCACAAGACUUGGUUGCUUAAUAGACUGUGGGAUGUGGGUUCCGAGUUCAAAAGCUUAGAGUCAAGCAAAAGCCAUCAGACAGGGACUGGGCCCUGUGCUUAGUGACAAAGUGUGAAGCUUGCAAUCCACAUUCACCAUCUGUUCUCUUAUUUAAUCUUCAUAGCAAUUCUUUUCAGUGAUAAGUGUCAUGAUCCCCAUUUUACUGACAAGGCAACGGAGGCUUACAGAACUUCAAGCACUUGCCUAGUAUAAUAGAGGUCUAUUUGGCAUCUGAAGCUGUGCUCUUAACUGAGUUUCCAGAGGACAGUAAAGGAAGUGAAUAAAUAUAGGAUCAUAACUA